AUGGCGACGGCGACGAUGCAGCUAAGCGGUCUGGUGCUGGCUAUGCUGGGCUGGCUCGGCACCAUCCUCACCUGCGCACUGCCCAUGUGGAAAGUGACAGCCUUCAUUGGCUCCAACAUCGUGGUGGCCCAGGUCUUCUGGGAAGGGCUGUGGAUGAACUGCGUGUAUGAGAGCACGGGGCAGAUGCAGUGCAAGGUGUACGACUCGCUGCUAGACCUAACCUCCGACCUGCAAGCGGCCCGCGCCCUCGUGAUCACCUCUAUCAUUGUGGCCUUCUUCGCCUUCCUCACCGCCAUCACAGGUGCUGAGUGCACCCGCUGCGUGAAUGACAAGGGGGCCAAGAUGAGGAUCUCCAUUGUGGCAGGCGCCAUCUUCAUCGUGGCUGGCAUUGUGCUGCUCAUCCCCGUGUCCUGGUCCGCUAAUACCAUCGUCAGCAACUUCUACAACCCCAUGGUACCUGAAGCACUCAAGAGAGAGCUGGGGGCUGCCCUGUACAUAGGCUGGGCUUCUAGUGCCCUCCUGCUUUUUGGUGGAGGCAUCUUGUGCUGCUCCUGGCCCCCGGCCCAGCAGGAUCCCUACCCCAAGAAGUACAGAGCAGUGAAGACCUGUACCCCUAUGAGCUACCCCAUGAAAGACUACGUGUGA